CACGUGACACCAUAUGUCCAAAUUUCGCAAAAAGCGCUAGCGCUCGUGGCUGUUGCCGUAAUUUUGUGAUGAGAUUGUCCUCAGUUUUCACGUCAAAAUGACGGCUUUUUGUAUUUUAUCGGAUUGGACCAAAUGAAAACGACAAGGUUACAACUGGAAAGAGAAAAUGAACCGGAAAACCAGAUAUUGUUGGACAACUUUGGUAAUCAGUCACAGGUACUGCAUACAAACCAUGAACACCAAGCUACAAAGAGCCCUCACGUCAACUUACUGAAGCGUCAAUGGAGGAAUCCAGCCAACUGGUACCCGUGUUGGUAGAACCAACGAGCACGGUGGAUCUGACAGAGAUACCAUCAAGGAGUCAUCAAGCCACGCCCAGUCCAAGAGGGGGUGUAGACUCUUGUGCAAUAAUGUCGGAAGGCACCAGAUCAUCCAGUCCAAGGGUUAUGGAAUCCAGAUGCUUAAAGGUAACGUUCAAUCCCGAGACACAGAAUGGGCCAGGCUGCAUAAGUAAGAACACAGGCUCAGAGAUGAGCAGUACAUCUCCACAUCGACACCACGCAAACACCCCACCCAGCAAAGAUGACGUGUUGUCGGUCGUAAUCGAGAAACUGACUGAGUUGGUAAACGACAGUGAAAGAAUGCAGGGAGGGAGCACCCCAUCUGUUUGUCGUGAGUCAAAACGAAUGGGUUCGCCAAAGAGGGGGGAUCCACUCUACAAGUGUCCCAAGUGUCCUUGCCUUUUUGCCCUGAGUGCCAAACAGUUGCAGAGUAAGGCGGCUGUGCUGUGCGAAUGCUGUGAGAAUGCUGAGAAGUUGAAGGAAUGCAAGGGUAAGACGGUCAAAGGUCAGCUGACAGGGUUACCUACAUUUACAAGCGCGGAUGAGACAAAAGUCAACUGCGAACUCUGCAGUCAUGUUGCUGUCGGCUACGUGGACCUGCUCUAUCACCUGUUGUCCAAGCAUAAAGAUGCCAAAAUCUGCAAGUGCAAAUUCUGUGACUUCUUCACCACUAUUGAGAUGCGGAUUCAGGAGCAUGCCACUGUUCACCAUGCACCCCGUGUGUACAGAUGCAGCAUUUGCCCCUUUGUGGCAGACAAGGUUGUUGGACUCCGCCAGCACAUGAAGGACCAUGACAUGCACCGGGAGCUUGUCCUGAAGUGCUCUGAGUGUGGUUUCUCGUGCCAGUGUGAAGAUAUCCUCCGCAACCACAUGUGGGAGCAUAUUCCAUCCAUCUCCAAGACCAGUGCCAAAACGAGGAAAUCAAAUUCAACGGGAAUGAUACCGACCUCAAAUCCAGGGAGGAAUUCAGAUGAGAUGUCACAACCAGUGCUUAGCCCUUCUUUGCCAACACAGACCACAGACAUAGAACAGCCUUACAUUUUCAAGUGUUUACUUUGCGGUUACCUCUGCGACAGAUUGGCCACACUCAAGGCGCAUGCCUGGCGCCAUGCUGGAGAGAAAGGAUGCUCCUAUCCGGUGGUGGAUGAUGAUGAAUAUCUCAAGAGAAAUUUUUCCAGUGCACCCUCACAGACAUCCCCUUCUGGUAAAUCAUACCCACUAGAAGCUAGCAGCAGCAUCAAAGCAGCUGAGACAGCAAGAGAAAGCACAGCCUACAUGUAUGAUGGGGUCAGGGGCACAGAUGACACCAAUGAGAAGGAAGUCCUUGCGGAACAUGAAUCAAAUAUGUCUCACGGAUGCUGUUGUGGUCCGACACAUUCAUCAGAUGAAUCAUCCAGCUGUCGUUGUGAAGGUAUCAACAUCCUUCCUUCCUCUGUGUCCCACAUCAAGGAACUCCUCCUCCAAAAGAAUCAGCAAAAACUCAGCCAGAAAUCAAACAAAGCGAAUGACGCAGGCAAGAAACCAUUUGCAACAGAACAAUACCGUCAGCCAACUUCAGAGAAAGAAAACCAAAGUGAGUGUCCCUCAGCCCCUCGUCAGAAUACCUCAUCAAGCAAGACAUGUGAAUUUCAAGCUAGUGAUGGCGUCAAUACAGUGCGCUGUGGAAAUCUUGCAGAAAAUGGCAAGCCUGCACUGGAAAAGGGGUCCAAGAGCAAUGAGCUUGAACCUCAAGUGUUGGUCAUUGAUCCAGUUGACCCACUGAUGUUAUUCCUGGACCUAGACGUUUCAAUUCCUGAGCCUGCUGCUGUGGUAGAGGCUGUCACUGAGCAGAACUCAGCACUGCCUCAUCAGGAACAGUUGGAAACCACUGACGAUGUGUUCAUCCCACCCUCUAACAGGACAAGGGAGUCAGUAGGGACUGCGGACAGGCCCGAGUCUUACACCAAAGUCUCUGCCGCUGAUCUGAGCUCUGAGAUUCUUCUUAGCUCCAUGCCACUUUAUGAGGAGGUGACUGAGGCUACUGCCCAGUAUGCAGAGAAUGAUGGAAAAUGUCCACAAAAAUGUGAAAGCGAGGUUCCACAACAGGGCUUUGAAGAAAAUAGUAAAAAUCUAACAAUUCCACAAGCUGCAAACACUUGGAGAAGAGAUGAUACCCCAAAUUCUUGUGAUGAGAUUAAAGAUGACGAGAAGAACCUCGGUGUUACACCUGGACAAGUGGAAUCUGUGCCUUCCUUUCUUGAGACUUCAUCACCAUCAGAAUGUGGACACUUCUUCCAUCAACCAUAUCAGGGUCAAGAAUCUGUAAGCAGCUCUGUAAAACCGCAGGAAAAUCCAACAAAACAUCUUAUGAAAUCAGGGUCUCGGUUGAUGCACAUUGAUAUGGAUCUCACUGAAACGGUUGUUGAACAUGCAAUUAAGCAAACUCCUCCAAGAAGUCAAAAUCCAGCUAAGUCAACUUUGUGCGAGUCAGAGCAGAUGUCAUGCCAAGAAUCUAUCCAGGCAAUCACAUGUGAGACAGUUUCACAGUCAAAGUGGAAGGAAGGUUCAAUUAUUAAUCCCGGAAGUUCAGACCAUGGAAGUACGGAUGGUAGCCUUCAAAUUGCACAACAGUGUGAGAGGAUCGAGGAAAAGCAAUUGAACAACAACACAGAAAUUGAACCUUUAAGUGGCGGACAGAAACGGGGUGCAGACUUGACAGCCAGUGAUAUGUCUAACGGGGCAAAGCGAAUCUGUCAUCAUGAGGAGAAAUCAAAUGCGGAGAUGCCCCUUCCCAUCAUUAAGGAGGGCUUAUGUACAGAGUCAACAACAGAUGGGCAGGGAAGGCCAGUCAGUGACCCAGAAACAAAACUGGGGAGAAAUGAGAUGCCUUCAGACAUAAGCUCUGAUGAGGAUAGCAUUGUGAAUUUCUUUAUGAAUGUUGUCAGUGGCUGUGACAAGCCAUACCAGUGCAAGCUGUGCAGCAAGACAUCUGAAACCUACAGCUCCUUAAAGCAACAUCUGAAGGUGCACUUGGUACACAACUCCUUCCGCUGUCCUCUUUGUAAGGAGUGCUUUGAGUCCUUGGACAACCUCAGGCUUCACAUCUUGGAGCACUACAAGGAACUCCACAGAUGUUCAGAAUGCUCAGCUUUCUUUCAAACGAAGAAUGAGCUGCAUGUUCACAGGCAGUCACAUGCAUCUCUGAAGGUGCCCAAGUGUGAGGAAUGUGGCAUUACAAUGUUGACUUGGGCAGACUAUGACAGCCACUGCGAAACUGUCCAUGGCAAUCUCGGGAAACCUCCAGUCAGGUGUUCUCAUUGUGGGGAAGGUUUCAUCAACACCAACACGUUGCUGCUGCACACUCUCAGCUGUCCGGUGCGCAAGAUACGGUCCUGUAAAGAGUGUGGCUUUACUUCUGAGUCAGCCGAGGGGGUCCAAGAUCAUGUCAAGGAGUGCCACCACAAGCCCAAGUUCUACAAGUGCAACCUGUGUGACUACAAAUCCAGUGCCAAGAAUGGAAUUAAGAACCACAUGAAGUUUCAUUCCAAAGAUAGGCCAUACAAGUGCCAGCAGUGCAGCUUUACUGGUGCCUACCCUCAGAGUCUGCGAUCCCACAUGAGGAUGCACAUGCAGCCUGACUGGCGCCCCGACUGCUUGUCAUCAGAGCUUCCUGAGCAGUACAAGUGCAAGCUCUGCUGCUACACCUGCAACUACCUUCCAUCCCUCAAGUCUCAUAUGUGGAGGCAUGCCAGUGAUCCAAACUACAGUUACAAAGGUAAUCAAAACAUCAUCACUGAUACAGCAACAACAUCAAACAGCAGCAGCACUAGCACCACUGUAAGUGAUACCUGCACAACCCCGCCAAUAAGCACCCCAGCAUUCCAAGGGCCAAAUGAGAGGUCAGGGGUCAUGCAUAACCUAGUGACCUUCUGUUGUCAAGAUUGCGGCUUCCAGAGUACAGACAGAGCUCAAUUGGUAGAGCACCUGAAGACACACUUACCGUCAGAGAUUCUGGAAACGGAGAGGAAACAGAGCUAGGAGGUGGCCAAAUGGAAAAUGAGAAAAGGACUGGAGAGGGCUCCAGGUAUAGUCAAAGAAAAAUCCACUGCCAAAAUAAGGCCAAAAAAGGGUCAGUUUGCAUGUCGCUAUAGACCUGCCCUUCGGCAAAAAGAAAAGGUUUUUCAAUAAGAAACGAUGUCAAAAUGCUACCAAAAUUGCUGGAUUGGCUGGAAUCCUCCUGCAGCGCAAUUUACAUAUCUUUUAGAUGGGGGUAUGAACAAUUAAUAAGCUCAUGUGGCCUCUCCAGGCCCCCAUAUAUUCUGUAGUAAAUGUUAAUCGGAUACCAUUGUCUGACGGUAUCAUCAGGUUUGCAUUUUAGGUCUGGGAACCAGACAGGAAGAAAGUUGGUCGUACAAUGUACAUCUGAAAGUUGUAAACGCUUCGUACCUAUAAGGCUGCCCACAGGUCGACAUUGCGACGACAUAGAACAGUCGGUGACUGAAUUUCAGGAUCAAUUUGGGCAUAUUUCACCUGCAGUGUAACAGCAAAGGUGCAAUAGAAUUCAUAUUUUCAUGAGGUGAAACAUUUUACAUCGAGCAGUGCGCAUUAUUUCAACCUUUAACCUCGUGGGAAUAUUUUUUCCAUUGCAUUCUUGAGCUGACCACUUUUUUGCCUCAUAUAUUUAUUUCAUUUGGUGUGCUAUUUACAGUGGCGUAGCCAAGAAUUUUUCAGUU